AUGUCAGUAAAAUUCAAACGCAAGCUCGGUGCAGUUUGCCUAUUGUUGGCAUUGAUUAUACAGAAUGAAGGGACUACAAUUCCUUCUACAGUAUCAUUGGAAAAAGAGAAAGCUGUGUCAUUUUUAAAUUCAAAUUCUAAAGAAACGAAACAGUCCGUACAGGAAAUGUGUGAUGACGACUACUCAUUUUGUUGGAAUAAUCAAGGAACAUGUCUGUAUGAAGAUGCUUUUGAGUACAGAUGUGAUAAAUGCUCGAUCUUCCAGUCGUGUUAUGCAGACUACUCAACUGGAAAUUUUCAUGGCAACACCAACAAUUGCAACGAUUGGGCACCAAGUUUCUGCCACAAUGUUCCAAGUUUUAAACAGGGGAAAGGAUCGUUUGUGAUUCUUAUGGUCCAGACGUUUAUUAUACUGCUGCUGAUUAUCACCAUCGUCAUUGUAUGCGUUAAAUGCAGAAAAAUAAAACGUCAGAAAAUAUCAGAUAUCAAUGAAAACGAUGCAGACACAAAGGAUAAUGACACAAAGUUGUCGAAGGAGACCAAGAGAGGCGAGGGUCAGGUCUACUAUGAUGCUUCAAACGAUCGCACAGAUAUAAAACGCCAACCGGAAGCUUGGAAAGAGACUGUCGUAGUUCCGGAUGAGGAUUACCCCAUACCGGCUCACAACAUAAAACGAAACCAAGUGGCUCCUGGUAGAACAAAGACAUAUAACUACAUGGAUGAUAACUUUGAAGAUCAACAGUCGGUACCCCCAGUAAGUACUGAAUAUAGACAGACUGGUAAUAGACGAUAUGUCAAGACUCCGAGGUAUGGUCGGAAUGGCGAACAACGGACACAUUACCAUGAUUCUGGGAACGCCAUAGAAGUUCACCAAAAUGUGCGUGCAUCUGACCAACCAAUAAUGGUCCAGGAAACCCACAACACCGUAUCAAAUAUACCACAACAAAACCAAGUUGCCUACCAACAACGACAACCAGUUCAAACUGUUGUAAGCAACAGUUACAAUCAACCACAACAAAAUAUUCAACAACAAGCAGCACCACUACAAAUCGUCCAACAACCAACAAUGAUUCAGGCACAACCCAAUCUACAGCAAAACAUGCCACAACAAUUUUUGACAACCAAUCAACAACCUGCAACAAAUUUUCAACAACAACAGAAUGUACCACAACUCCAACAACAACCAACGAUGAUGGCAGUUCAACUCCCACAGAUCACAAAUCAAUAUCUACCAUCCGUACAACCUCAACCUGUUAUUGGAAAUGUUACAACCCAACAACAACAACAGGAUUAUAGCUCAGGAUUCGUAGCCAAUAACCCUGUUUUACAACCACAAGGAGGCAUUCAAAAUGGUGUCCAGAACACCGAGUUUCAAUAA